AUGCCUCAGAAUGGAAAAUACGCCCUCGUCUUUGGGGCAUCGGGAAUUUCAGGAUGGUCUCUCUUGAACCAAUGUCUUAGCUACCCCACUUCCUCUUCAUUUCGACGCGUAGUGGGUCUUUGUAACAGGCCUCUCAAAAAGGAAGACGCAUAUCUUCCUGACGACCCUAGAUUGGACGUUGUUUCAGGAAUCGACCUUACGCAAUCCGUGUCGUCUGUCACCGACCAACUGAAAGCCAAGGUUGACGAUGUGGAGUCCGUUGAGAUUGUCUUUUUUUGCGCCUACAUCGAGGCGGGUGAUUUCCAAUCCAGGCGGAAGGUUAAUGCUACACUCAUCCGGACUGCUAUUGAGGCAAUUAGUGGCAUUGCUACCAACCUAGAGGCGGUCAUCCUGCAAACAGGUGGGAAAGGUUACGGGCUGGAAUUCUCAAAUGAACUCGAGAUUCCGCACCCACUUCGCGAAUCUAUGCCCCGUAUCCCGGAGCCCUGGUACAGCAGUGUCUUCUACUAUGACCAGUACGACAUACUUUCUGAGCUAUCCAAGAGUGAAAAGUGGACAUUCUCAGAGAUUCGACCGGACGGAAUCGUUGGCUUUGUUCCCGGUACAAAUGUAAUGAACAUAGCCCAAGGUAUCGCGCUGUACCUGACCCUGUACCGCGAAGUCUAUGGUCAAGGAGCGGAGGUCCCAUUCCCUGGGACGCUUCACGGCUACCAAUCUACACAUAGCGAUACUUUCCAGGACAUUUUGUCUAAGAUGGAAAUUUACACUGCGCUGAACCGGGAUAAACGUCCCAACGGGUCAGCGUUCAACGUUGCAGACGGUGAUGUUGUCAGCUGGGAAUAUGUCUGGCCUGGUCUCUGUUCGUAUUUUGGGCUGGUGGGAGUGAAGCCUCAGGGGGAUCAGAAGAAAAUCGAAGACUUUGUUCGUGAGAAUCACGGCGUCUGGAAUGAUUUGGUUGAGAAACAUGGAUUAAGGAGAGGUUUGCUUGAGGCGCAGAAUUGGCCAUUCAUUCAGUUCAUGCUUGUUGACUUUGACUUUGAUCGAGAGUACUCCCUUGAUGCUGCCCGCUCGAUUGGAUUCACCGAACGUAUUGAUACCGUUCAGGGUUAUCGUGUGGCGUUUGAUCGAAUGGCAGCUGCCAGGGUCAUUCCUUCUUUCCACUGA